CGAACCUUGUUUGCUUGAUGGCUUGCCAUCCGCCUCACAAGCACUGCCCGUCUCACACAUUCCUGACCUCGGCUCUCUUCAAACUUCGAUCCUUCUGCCCUCCUAGCAAAAGGCCAAGAGCUCGCCCUUCUGGCCUUCCUACACGUACAGCAAACUUCGUGACAGCGCUUCAAACAAACAGCCUCUAAUCACCAACACUACAGUCACUGCGACUAUCACCACCAUGGCGCCCGUCUCAGAGGCCGUCGGCCUGCCUCAUCACGCCCUCAAGCUCCCACCCGAUGUCACCGACGACUGCUUCUUCACGCCCUCCCAAUGGACCGUCUGGUAUGCCCUCAUGGAUGCCGUAAUCCCCUCCAUCGUGCCAGGCGACCCGGCCGACUCGUCCCCAGCCAACAACGAGUAUCGAGUGCCCAAGGCAGAGUUCGACUCGUACUACAAGACCGUCUGCGAUAAGGUCACGAGCCCGCCCAGCCGCGAGGAAUUCGAACAGGUCCUCCGCGAGCGGCCCUCGGACAACCAGCGCUUCAAGCAGAACAUGGUCCGCACCCUCGGCAGCCUGCCCAAGGAGAUGACUGCCCAGAUUGCCUCCGUCCUCAACCUGCUUGCUACUCGCUGGCUGUGCUAUCCCCUGACUGGCUACUUCCAGCCCGUUCAUGAGCUCCCCAUCGCCUCCCGCGAGGCGCUCCUCAAGUCCUGGCAUAAUGCCCGCCUGGCCACCUUCCGCGGCCUCGCAAAGUCCGUCAGCAUGCUCGCCCAGCGCGCCUGGAUCAUGACCAGCCCCUUACUCACCCACCUCGUCGGCUGGUCCGAGGUGCCCAAGGACUACAAGUCUGCCGAAAAGCCCGCCCAGUACCAGUUCAGGCAGUUCUCCGCGGGCACCGAACCCGAGACCAUCGAAACGGACGUCGUCAUCGUUGGCUCGGGCUGUGGCGGGGGCGUUUGUGCGCGCAACCUCGCCGAGGCCGGGUACAAGGUGCUCGUUGUGGAGAAAGGGUACCACUACGCGCCGCACAUGCUGCCCAUGAGCCCCGAGGUUGGCGAGUGGAACCUGUUCGAGGACCACGGCCUCCUGGGCACCAGCGAUGGCGGCAUGACCAUCCUCGCGGGCGCGACCUGGGGCGGCGGCGGCACCGUCAACUGGGGCGUCUCGCUCAAGACGCCCGACUACGUCCGGGAGGAGUGGGCCAAGAAGAAGGGCAUGCCCUUGUUCACCAGCCCCGAGUUCCAGCAGUCGCUCGACCGCGUAUGCGACUUCAUGGGCGUCAAUGAUGCCCACGUCCGCCAGAACCACCGCAGCGAGCGUCUGCUCGAAGGUUGUAAGAAGCUCGGCUACAAGGCCAAGGUGACGCCGCACAACUCGGGCAAUAAGAAGCACUUCUGCGGCCACUGCCACUUGGGCUGUGGCUCGUCCGGCAAGCAGGGCCCGGCGGUGAGCUGGCUGCCUGCUGCGGCUAAGGCGGGCGCCCAGUUCAUCGAGGGUCUGACGGUGGAGAGGGUCACAUUUGACGACUUUGCAUCGGGAAAGAAGGCGACCGGUAUCGUGGGCAAGUGGGUGUCGCGUGACAAGGAGGGUGGCCUCAACGGCCCGCUAAGCGAGCGCACGACUCGCGAUGUAGUCAUCAAGGCCAAGAAGGUCAUAAUUUCGGCCGGCACGAUCUGGAGCCCCGUCAUUCUGCGCAAGAGCGGGCUGUCGAAUCCACAGAUCGGCCGGAAUCUGUAUCUUCAUCCAGUCAACGUGAUAACCGGGUUCUGGCAAGAGGAGACCAACCCAUGGGAGGGCUGUGCCAUCAGCAGUGUCUGCACGGAAUUCGAGAACCUCGACGGUGAGGGCCACGGCACGAAGCUCGAGCCCCUGUGCAUGAUUCCCUUCCUCGCCCUUGCCAACUACGCGUGGCGCUCCGGUAUCGACUUUAAGCUCUCGGCCCUGCGCUACCGCCACAUGGGCACCUUCUUCUCGAUGCCGCGCGACCGCGACACCGGCUAUGUCUACCCAGAUCCCAAGACCGGCAAACCCAAGGUUGAUUACACACCCAGCGCGUUCGACCGCGCCCACGGCCUCGAGGGGCUCAUCGCCCUCGCGAGGAUCCUGUUUGUCACUGGCGCAUACGAGAUCCGCCCUUCCCUGGUACCCGUAGAGCCGUUUCUCCGGUCUCCCCCGGAGAGCGGGAUCGACGAUUCCGAGAGGUUCGAGAAGUGGCUGGCGCAUCUGCGCAAGGAAGGGAACCCCGCGACCUCCCCCUGGGGCUGCGCGCACCAGAUGGGCUCCUGCCGGAUGAGCAAGUCUGCCGACGAGGGUGUUGUGGACACCAAGGGCAAGGUGUGGGGGUUUGAGGGUCUGUACGUCGCUGAUGCGAGCGUGUUCCCGAGCGCCAGCGGUGUGAAUCCCAUGGUCACGGCCAUGGCGAUUUCGGAUCAUACUUCGAGGGGGAUUAUUGCCGACAUGAAGGCGUUGGGGAUUUGAUUAUGUGUUUCUGUAGUAUUGCAAGCUUCUCUUUGCGCCGAAGCUGUUUGAUUGUGUUUGAGGCUGUACAAUAGUACUGGACACACUUUACACUCAAGUCCGUAGCAACGCCUUCGGAAACCAAAAUGACCGUCCCCUUUCUUUCUAAGCCUCAGGCCAAUGUUGAAACACAGUUAUCACUAAUCUCCAGUCACUUGAUAGU